AUGGAGAUUUCAACAAUUGUUCACUGGAACUACCUAAUUGCCUUGCUGCUUGGCUUUGCAACUUUACCACUUUUAAUCCUUCUCAUUGUAACCCAAACCACCUUGACUUUCAAGCCCUACUCAAAGAUGCUGUUGCCUUGCGCUGUCGCCGAUCUCUUAUUCAUGACAGUAGAUGCGAUUGGCCAAAUUGUGAGCGAAAUGGCUGAUAAAAUUCAAUCGAAAACACGUUUAGAAGGCCCGACUGGAAGAUGGCGUAUUCCUGUGCGCGCUGGAGGGACCGGGCCGAAAUUUGAGCCGGAGUAACCAAAUUCUGUUGACUGUUUUAUCGGUGGCCGGGUUCUGCUUUGUGCAGUCGUCAAUUCCCGUACAAGCUUACUUUCGCUUUCAUGCUCUGAAAAGGUAUACUUUUGGUAUCUCAACAAAUGUUUUUUAAUAAACAUUUUUACAAAGUGGCCUGCACGCGGGCUAUUUAGUAAUCCUUUCCGAUGACAAAACCAAAAGAUAUUAGGUUGGCUACUAAGUUAUCCAAAUUUUUUUUAUUUUUUGUUUUUUAAUAAUAAUUUCAAGCUUUACAAUCAAGAAUCAUAAUAAUUACCGUCGUUAUCUACGACGUACCCCUUUUUUCCAUCAAGAUGGUGGGCGGAAUAAAUGGAAGUCCGACGGUGCGAAGGUUCCAUAUCCACAGUUCUUACAAACUUGAAACAACUUAGCUGUACAGUACUCGAGCGUUCCUAUAUAUACCAUACUAUAUGACAUUCUAGAACCUUCCUGUAAAACCCGGAAGAUUCAAGAAAAAAACGGAAUAACUGACAGGGUACUCCAAGUGCGACGCUCAGAUUUUCUUUAAAGUUUGCACACAAGUCCCGCCGAAAUAUCGAACGAUUUUUGCCGCCGAGAGAGCACGCUAAACGUGGAGAGCGGUCGAAAGCGUUUUGAGAAAAACGCUUUUUGGCCAUAACUUUGGCAUUUUCGUGCGGAAAAAUUUGAUUUUUUGUAGAAACUUAACGGUAGAAAUGGGCAUGAAUCUUUUCGUGCCAAAAUUCGGCAAAAAUUCCUAAAUUUUUGGCCGACUUUCGAUCUAAAAAUCUCGGUUGUUUCUGCAAAACGCAAGCUAGGAUUCUGGCAUAUACCUUAGAACAAAUUACUUUAAAUUUGCGCCAAGUUUCAUCAAAGUCUGAGCGUCGCACGUGGAGUACUUCCCCUGUUAGUUGCCAACCUAAUCUUCACUUUUUUUUACAGAUUUUUUCGAGGUGCACUCUAAUUUACAAAACGUUUUAGAGGAAGUACAUUGUCUAUUCUGCAAACUACCGGUUUGUUUUCCCUUUCAAUCGUUGGCAUCGUCCCACUAACUGUGCUCAUGUAUACCGCGUUCAAUACCUCCGAACUUCUACGGCCCGAGUUUGACUACUCGAGUUUGUGGUAUAAAAACGAUACACCAACCGUACUGCUGGUUGCCGAUAUUGUAAGCACUCUCGCAAAGACGUACUUCGGAUACGUUUCUUUUUAAUUAAAAAAACAAUAAGACAUUUGCAGAGAUCACCUUAUCAAAAGCUUUAUUUCCUCUACUGCGCCAUUUUCAUCACGUCCGUUUAUUUAAUCGCAUUUUACUAUGGAACACAGACUUUGGCGACGCUUCAUGACAAAUCAAGAGUCGUGUCGACGAAAACAAAGCGAAUACAAUCACAGCUUUCGAUGUAUUUAUUUUGCCAGGUAGGCUCACUCCGGAAAUCGUAAACAGUCUUUCGCAUUUUACUCCGAUCUAGGGCCGAUGAAGGCGGGCGCACACUUGCGGGCAACCACUUUGCGGGCAACCAAUUUGCGGGCAAUUUUUUUGCGGGCAGCCACUUUGCGGGCAGCCGACAUUUGCGGCCAGCACCGGCAUUUGCGGGCAGCCUGGGACAUUUGCGGGCAGGGUCGACAGUUGCGGACAGCCUGGAAGAUUUGCGGGCAGCCGACAUUUGCGGGCAACCGACACCUGAUUGUGAGGGUAACAUGGUUUACGUGGAAAAAUUACUAUGAUAUUAUAUUUUGGAAAUAUGCCGACAUUUGCGGGCAACCGGCACUUGAAGAUUACAAGGUGGAGGUGGAAAAAUGACUUCGAUAUUUUGGCAAAUGUCAGUUUUCCGACAUUUGCGGGCAGGCAAUACUUGCGGGAAGCCGACAUUUGCGGGCAACAGUUCCAAAAGUUCCUAUACAGUCUGUGUGAUUGUUUUUUCAUGUUGCCCGCAAAUGUCGGCUGCCCGCAAGUGUCUCAUCUGCCCACAAAUGUUCCAGGUGCCCGCAAAUGUGACCCCCCAACUUUUUCCCGCAAAGUGGUUGCCCGCAAAAAGUUUGCCCGCAAACUGGUUGCCCGCAAGUGUCGCGACGCCCCGAUGAAAUAACCGAAAAUUAGCUGAAAAUGCUAUGGAGCAGCUCGGAAAAUGUGCGCAGGUGCAGCUCGUACCAGGACUGUCCUAAAGAUGCAAGCUGCGUAAGUCUUCCGAGUUGCUCACUUGCAUUUUCAGGUAAUGUUUAGAACACAUUGGCCAAAAAUGCAUAUCAGAACCGAAAGAUUCCACAUAUUUUACAAGUCAAGUUUCCCAUUUUAGGGUCUAAUCCCCCUGCUCACCGCGGUCGGCCCAACCUUAGGCCUGGUCCUCGGCCAAUUCUUCAACCUCAACUUGGGGUCGCUGGCGGCUCUAUGCGUCCUCUGCUACAGCUGGAUCCCAUUCCUCAACGGACUGUUGACGAUUGUUGUCAUCGCACCAUACCGAAACGCAGUUUGUCGAUGGAUCAAAAAACCGAAGAGUAGAACCCAUAGUUUGACUACGAGUAGCAGCGGGAACGGUACACGAUCUUCCUUCUCCCGAUAUUAA